GGAACGGGAGUGUAGUGCACCGUGAAAAAAAAAACUGUGUUUUUUUUUUUUUCUUAAAAAGAAAAAUAGUGUUAAGUGAAGGUGACAUAAUGGAUCAUCGCCAGAGCUUAUUAGCCCUUCUAGAGAAGGUAAAAGGGAUGCGACCUGCCCGCGAUCAGGAAAAAAAAGAGCGUGACCCUGAUGAGGAGACAAGCCGACACAUUGAAAGGCUAGCUGGGUGCAUCCGACUGCACAACACGAUUGGCCAAAUUGGGGGGGAGAGAGGGUUUUUGAUGGAAUUUGGAAGUUGGGGGCGAGCGCCUGUGCGAGGGGACGAAGAAGCACUAUGGUGCUUGGACCCCGUGCUGCGGAACAGUAGCCCCAAAAAACGGUACUCUCGAUGCCAAUGGUACCAGGAGUACCGUUGGUGCGAGAGCACGCGUUCCUAUAUGUGCCGAGGCUUCUGGGCAGUUCCCUUUUUUGCUGAUCCGACCAUCGUCAGGGAGGCGGUUGGGGACUUCCCUAUUCUUCAGGGAUGGUGGAGACCUGGCCGAGAUAAGUCUAUAUGGAAACUUCGUUCGCUCCCACCAGUGCCGCCCCAGGUUGGGUUUCAGCCUUUAAGCAGUGCCUUCGCCCUCUCCUUCCUCCAGUGUUUCUACUGGACCAGGGAGGGCCAAGCCAGGACUCGUGCUAGAUGGCAAUUGAAAAUCCGGGUUCCAGUAAGCAGGGUGUGGCAGGAAGUUGGUCAGGAGGGUUACCUGCUGGAGCCAUUCAUGUAGGCUGUCUCCCCCCAGGCCAGAAGACACGUCCUCCCUCCCUUUUCGCGCGUGGCAUUUCCAUUUUUUUUUUUUUUCUAUUUAAUUAAA